AUGGCGGCAAGAAAAAGGAGAGAGCUUUUUACUAUUUUGGAAACUAGCGCGGACACAGAAACUACCACGGUCUCCGACAAUGAGGAGUCUCCACUUAAUCUAUCAGCCGAUGUGAAGUGGUUUGAAAUUCCUUUCAGAAAGCCAGACUCGGACGAGGAGGAGGAAGAAGAAGUACAGGACGACGGCGAGGGGGGGAUUGAAGCCGCGGCGGAGACUGCAGACACGGCCAGUUUCAUCGCAGAAGGCGGCUGUAAUAUUAUUCUGGUCACUGGUAAUGGAAUCAAGCACGAGGAGGAGGAGUACGCAGAGGACUGUUUUUAUUCUGCCUCCAACAACUGCUCUGACACCACGUCAAACGACUCGGAUAUUGAUUUUUCUGAUUUGGAGGAGGAGGAGCGCACGAGUUUUUUCAGCUUUGAUGAUGACUUGGAUGAGGACUGCACUUCUCCCGACUUCUGGGGAGAGCCCGACCAGGUAAUUUCAAUAGAGCCAUUCUCCGCUGUCAGUGGCCCUCAGCAUUCGCUGGGGGAUGAUGCUGAUAGCCGUGACUAUUUCCGGUUACUCUUCCCAGAUUCACUCUUUGAACACAUGGUAGAACAAACAAACAAUUACGCCCUCUAUCGGCAAAGGAGGAGUGGGAAAUCAGAUCCUCACUGGCACCCCACUGACCUUAGGGAGAUGAAAGCUUACAUAGGUCUCAACAUCCUCAUGGGAAUCAACCAGCUUCCUGACUCUGGCAUGUACUGGGCCAGCGACAUCUUCAUCGGCAACGCCGGCUUCAAAAAGACAAUGACAGCCAGGCGCUUCGAAAAGCUCACCCAGAACCUGCACCUCUGCGACCGCGAGUCGGAGCCGGGCCGCGGCGAGCGGGGCUACGACGCGCUCUUCAAGCUCCGCCCCCUGCUGGACGUGGUGGAGAACACCAUGUGGGACGCGUACACGCCCAACCGCUGCCUGACCAUCGACACGUGCGCCAUCGCCGUCAAGGGCCGCUUCUCCUCCACCCAGUACAUGCCCUCCAAGCCCCUGAAGAAAGGCCUGAAGGUGUGGAUGCUGUGCGACUCGCGCUCCGGCUACUGCCACAGGGCCCGGAUCUACGUGGGCAAGCCCAGCGAGGAGGGGGCGGCCACGGCCCUGAGUCAUCGCGUGGUGACCUCCCUGGUCCGGGGGCUGGAGGGCCAGAACCACCACGUGUUCAUGGACAGCUUCUUCACGUCCGUGCCCCUCCUCCAGAGGCUGCUUAGGGACGGCCUGUACGCCUGUGGCCCCACCCAGCCCUCCCGACGCGGGUACCCCGAGGUCCUCCGCCCCCGCAACGUCGGCAAGCUGGCGCCCGGAGAGUUCUACCAGUGCCAGCGCGGCAACCUGGUCGCCACGGUGACCCGGGACGCCAAGGUGGUCAGCUGCCUGUCGACCAACUCGGCGCCGGGGAUUGUGGGGAUCAGCCCGGGCCGGCAGCAGAGGGACGGGGAGGGCGACAGCGUGGAUUCGGCGGGAGGGGGCGAGGCGUCGUACGCCGUACCUCGGCCCCUCCCCCUGCUGCUGUACCAGGAGAACAUGCGGGGCGUGGACCUGUGCGACCAGCUGAGGGAAUGCUACCAGGUGGGGCGGCCUUGCAAGAAGUGGUGGCGCUACUUCCUGUGGUUCUACGUCAACCUCUGCAUCGUCAACGCCUACGUGGUCCUGAGGGAGAGCCGCGGGGGGGCGCCGCCGGCCGGCUUCAACGGGAAGCAGUUCACCCAGCGCCACUUCCGGGUGCGCCUGGCCCAGCAGCUGAUCGGGGACUACCAGGGGGCCAGGGGCAUGGAGCGGGCGGCGCGCAAACGCCACGCCGACUCGCCUAUCGAGUACGGCCACCGGCUGGAGCGCAUGUCGGAACGGUCGCGGCGCUGCCGGAACUGCACCAAUAAGGGACUGCGCCACGAGAGCGUUUUCGGAUGCAAGAUAUGCAACGUGCACCUGUGUCGAGGGGGUUGCUUCUCCGAGUUCCACAAAUAA